GUCAUGCACUAUCUAGGCCAGUAUAUAAUGGUGAAGCAGCUUUAUGAUCAGCAGGAGCAGCAUAUGGUAUAUUGUGGUGGCGAUCUUUUGGGAGAACUACUAGGACGUCAGAGCUUCUCCGUGAAAGAUCCAAGCCCUCUCUAUGAUAUGUACCAGGGAAGGUUUUCCUUUUGUUUUACCUGCUAUCCAGAUGCUGCUCAGACUCUCGCUCUCGCACAGGAUCACAGUAUGGAUAUUCCAAGUCAAGACCGACUGAAG